AUGGACUGCAAACUGGACUUGGACUGCAAACUCGUCAUGAAAACGUUUUUUGGCAUGCCUCCAUUGAAAGGUCUCGUUGCCGAAACCAUGAAACGUCACGAUGACAAAUGCAGGUACUCUGACAUUCUGUGCAUUGAUAAGACUCGUGUCGUCCUAAAGGAUCGUCCCAAGGUGACUGAUUUCAUUCAUGCCAAUUGGAUGACGAUGCCUGACAAGUUCAAGUACAUUUCUGCGCAGGGUCCCAUGGAUGAGACAACCGAGGAUUUCUGGCAUAUGAUCUUCACUGAAAAGGUUCCAGCCAUUGUUAUGAUUUGUGACUUUUUUGAAGACAACUACCAAAAAUGUCCCCAAUACAUCCCAGAGGACACCGCCCAAACCAUCCAAUUCGGUCCAUACAAAAUCACCCGUACCGACACGCCGUCCCUCGUUUUUGAAGACGUCACUCAGCAGACUCUGGAAGUUUCCGUUCCAGACAAGCCGACACACGUCGCCACCCACUUCCACUACCGUAACUGGCGUGAUCAUUCGGCUCCGAUGACUUCUGGAUCCACGUUGAAGUUGUUGAAGAUGUUAAGGGAGCCGAAGUUCAAAUGCGGACCUCCUGUCAUUCAUUGCUCGGCUGGAAUCGGAAGAACCGCCACGUUCAUUGGUGUGGACUACGGUGGUCAACGUAUCGGUCAAUUGGGUGAGAAGACUGACAUGUUUGAGAUUGUCAAUGAAAUGCGUCGUAUGAGACACAAGGCCGUCCAGAGUCACCAUCAGUUCAUGUUCAUGCUCGUCUGUAUCUCGGAUCAGAUGGUUAUGGAAGGCGUCCCUCGAAACGCGGACAUGCAGGAUCUUCUAGACUUCUACAAGUCUUAUAUGACACAUCAAGCCGAGAAGAGAAAGGAGAAGGCUGGGAAAGAAAAAGCUAAGAAGGAAAAGGCUGAAAAGGCAAAGUCAGCGGAGAAGGAUGACAUGAAGACAGCUAGAGAUGUUGAUGUUGUAGCUGAUAAGGAGGAGCUGAAGGAGAAGUCCACCCAGAAUUCGACUGAAUCGAAUUCGAACUCGAAUACCCAAACGUACACUACUAGUACCACUACCACCACGACCACUACCCAGACCCAGGAUACCACCACCACCCAAGAGAAUCAAUAG